AUGUCAUCCUCAACAGCACAAUCACAGAAUGCCGGUAAAUUUGAUGGAAGAAAAUUCAUUAUUGAUUUGGCAUCUGGCGGUACGGCUGCAGCUGUCUCCAAAACUGCUGUUGCACCUAUAGAACGUGUUAAGCUACUUCUUCAGGUACAACAUGCAUCCAAAACAAUUGAUGCUGACAAACGUUACAAGGGUAUUAUCGACGUGUUUAAGCGUGUACCCGCCGAGCAGGGUUUUGCAUCGUUUUGGCGUGGUAAUUUGGCAAAUGUGAUACGGUAUUUUCCUACACAAGCGCUGAAUUUCGCAUUCAAAGAUACUUACAAAAAGAUCUUCGUUGCAGGAUAUGAUAAAGACAAAGAUUUUUGGAAAUUCUUUGGCGGUAAUUUAAUGAGUGGCGGUGCCGCAGGUGCUACAUCUUUAUGUUUCGUAUAUCCACUUGAUUUUGCUCGUACUCGUCUUGCGGUUGAUGUUGGUAAGGGUGCAACGCGUGAGUUCAAUGGUUUGAUAGAUUGUUUGGUAAAAGUUGUUAGAAGUGAUGGUCCAAUUGGGCUUUAUCGUGGUUUUAUGGUGUCAGUUCAAGGUAUUAUCGUUUAUCGUGCAGCUUACUUCGGUCUUUUUGAUACAAUCAAAAUGAUGGUUUCUACUGAGCAAAAGAAACUCAACUUCUUCGCUGCUUGGAUGAUUGCUCAGAUCGUAACUGUUGGAUCUGGAAUCCUGUCAUACCCAUGGGAUACUGUGCGCCGACGAAUGAUGAUGCAGUCUGGUCGCAAAGAAAUACUUUACACAAAUACUUGGGAUUGUGCAAAAAAGAUUGUCGCUAGCGAAGGACCUACGGCACUUUAUAAAGGUGCUCUUUCCAACGUCUUCCGAGGUACAGGUGGCGCACUUGUAUUAGCUAUUUACGAUGAAAUCCACAAAUUCUUAUAA